AGCGCGGUCAGUGCCAGCCUGAAGUUCUGCGAGUCACGUGGAAAGUUGUAAACAGGUUUCUAACAGCAUUCCAACCGGCGCUAUACAGGCCAGGGUAGUGGCUCGCAGCUGAGCACGGGACCUUUGCUGCUAGCUGCGUUAGCAUUGGCAUGUCGGCUGCGCUUCCUAUGUACCAGGACUUUCCAUUCCCUAAAGUGAAACAAGCAGUGAGGAAAACAUUGCUGCCCAAAGAGAGUGGCCCAUGCAGCCCAAAGCAGAUUGCUCAUUUGAAGAAAGCAAUGCCAUCGCUUAGUAGUGAUCAGAUGGAUACACUGAUGGCUAAACUGGAGGAAUUAGGAGUUCUCUCUGUAGAUGACCUGAGCCUUGUUGACCCGGAGGACAUUAAAGACACUCUGCCAUUUAUUCAGUGCAAAAGAUUCGUCAGAGCUGUCAAAGCAUUGGAAUCAGAUUCACAAGCUCCACCGCAGUUUACCAGGCCUGGCCCCUCAUCAACACCUGAGCCACAUAGGUUUCAGCUGCCUUCAACACCACCUGAGACAGCCGACUCCCCAUCCCAAGACACAUAUUCUGUUCCAUGGCACAAAUUUCCCUCAAAAGUCAUGGAUGACUUGCGUGAAAAGAAGUACAUAAUGGGGAAAGACAGACGAGAGAUGGUUCGGAUCGUCGCUGAAGAUUACCUCCACAAACACCCAGGAAGACCUGGUAGACAAAAGCUGAGGGAACUCGCCAGUAUGAUUGUAGGACAAUAUCCUGCCUCCUUCAAGCUGACAGAGCCGUUUGGAAACAAACCUUUUGCAAAAGAUGGUUCUGAAACUCUAUUUCGUCAGCUGGAACACAGAAUUGAAAAUAUGAAGAGGCCACAAAGCUCACUGAAGAGGCGAGCAGGGGGUAAAAAUUCAACAAAGAAAAGGCCCAGGAAUUCAGAUCAGUAUGGAUGUGUGGCGUGGGAUCCAAUCAUUGAGGGGACUGUGUCUAGAGAAGACCUGCUGUCUAAACGAGAUGACUUGAAACGUGCCUUUCAAACCCAGGAUCUUCAGGAGUCAUCUGUUAGAAAAUUGAUGACCGAAACAUAUCCCAUUCAGCGUGAAAUCCUCAACGAUGCUGAUACCUUUAUUGGCGUUGUAAAGGAGGAGUGGCCGUUCCUGUUUGAAGUUCCUCACCUGUUUGAUCAUGCAUCUAAACUCCUUGGCUUCUCUGUACAAAACAAGCUGGCACAGGAACUUUCCAAAAAAGAAAAGGGGAUCAAUGACUUCCUUGACUCAGAAGGGAUGAAGACGGGCGAAGGUCCAAUACAGCUCAUCUGUGGCAUUGCAAAAUACUUCAAGGAAGACUCUUACAAACUCUUCGACAAAAAAGAGAUCUCUGCAGAUCCUGAAGUCGAACUCCCAGUGACCCCAUGCAUCCUAGUCAGAGGUGACCAGCAAUUCAAGAUUGCUCUUGAUGGGUUACUUGUCAAUGACCACAUCACCUCUCCCAUUGUGGCUUUGAGCUACGUCUUCUCCAUGUUUUAUGUCUGCAACAUCCAAUACCCACCGGAGAUGGCUUUUACUCUCGAAUUCAUGCAAAGAGUUUUCUUUGGGAUCAAUCCUGCGCGAGGCUCCAAGGCAGAGAAGAAAGGGAAGAAACAGCACUUCAUACUUCCACAGGUGCGCAAGCUGGUUUCUCAGCUGAAGGAAUUUGAAUGCCAGCAGAAGGACUCUGAGUGGGCCAUUUGAGCUGUUCUCAAAGCUCAGAAAAUACCUUUUUGGACUGUAUGUACAAUUUUUAUAGUAUUAUGUGAGUUCAGAUGUUUUAACUAGAUGCCCACAACACACAUGCUGCAGUUUCAAAUCCCCCAUGUUAAGGGGGAGGGAAGGUGGGCGAUAUUUGUCAUUCCAGGUAGAGCUUUGCCUUUGUCUGUUUUACAGAAAUCUCUUUAUGGCAUGUUGCACAGAGUCAUCCUUAUAAGGUUAUGAUUGUUAUUGCUGCUGCACUGAUGUUUUAUAGAAAAUUUAUAUAAUGUAAUACUUCUAAUGUUCUACUUGUUUUUUGUAGAAAGGUCAGACACUGGUUGCAGAGCUCUGCCUGUCGGUGUGAUAUGUGGAGUUGGAGGUGUAGGUUUCUGCAUCCUCCUGGAGGGGGCUCCUCAUUUUGCACUGACAGGUGAGACAGCAACUGUGCUGGCAGUUUUAUUGUUAUUUAUUGUUAUUUUGUCAAUGUCUUUAACAAAUCCAUUUGUUAUUAAUGCCUGUCAGCCUGUGGGUGCUAAAAAGUUGCUAGAUUUGGCAGCUCCCUGUUAAAGGACAUGGCUGUAGUUCUUUAAGAGAACAGCUGGUUUAUGUAUGUAAAAUUGCUCUGAAUGUGAAGGUGAUGUUCUGAAUGUUUUAGUGGUUGUAAUGUAAAUAUUGCAAUUCAUUCACUACAAA